AUGGCCACAAAACCACUGCUUUAUCUGGAAGAAUAUAAACUAAAGCAGGAUGCAAACGAUUACGGUUUGGCGGACGAACUGUGGGACUUUGAGCGGUUUAAGCAACAGUUGCAGAUCGUCGUGGUACGGUACGAGGAAGAUGAGCUGGAAUUCGACAUGAUCGGUGUGAACUGUGCUGUGGCGAACGUGUUCCGUCGCUUGAUGCUUAGCGAGGUGCCAAGUAUGGCCAUCGAAAAGGUGCACAUUUACAACAACACUUCGAUCAUCCAGGACGAAGUGUUGGCCCAUCGGUUGGGGUUGAUUCCGCUGCGGGCCGAUCCUCGCAUGUUCGAGUACAAAGCAAACGAAACGGAUCCUCCGACGGCACAGGAUACCCUGGAGUUUGAGCUGAAGGUGAAAUGUACCCGCAAAACGAAGGAACCGAACGAGAUGACGAAUAACGACAAUAUGUACAAGAAUCACAGCAUCUAUUCGGGCCAGAUCAAAUGGAUACCGAUCGGUAAUCAAGCGACCGUUUACACGGAGGCAGCUGUUGGGCCGAUCGAUGACGAUAUUCUCAUUAGCAAGAUGCGUCCCGGACAUGAGUUCGACAUUAAACUGUUUGCGGUGAAAGGUGUUGGCAAGGAUCAUGCCAAGUUUUCGCCCGUUGCAACGGUUUCCUACCGGUUGUUGCCGGAUAUUAAGCUGAACCGGCCGGUAGUAGGGAAUGAUGCACGGUUGCUGCAGAAAUGCUUCUCGCCCGGAGUGAUCGAGAUCGCCAAGGAUGAUCAGGCGUACGUGAAAGAUGCGAGGUAUGAUAGUUGCAGCAGGAACGUGUAUCGAUAUCCGCAGAUUUCGGAUGCCGUUACGAUAGCGCGUGUACGAAAUCAUUUCAUCUUUACGGUGGAAUCGUUGGGUGCGCUUAAGCCGGAUAUAAUUUUCGUGGAAGCGGUGAAGGUGCUGAAGAAAAAGUGUAGAAUGUUUUUGGAUGAAAUAAAGGGCAAUUAA